GCUAACAGCAGCCGUCACACAGGAGAAGCCGAACCUCGACGCUCCGUCAGAGCCACCAAGGGCCAGCACACAAAGGCCUUUGACGAGCUGGAGCCCCCCGUGCCGAAACGUCGACAGACCAAGAAGAACAAGAAGGCGGCAGUGCAGGAGAAGGAGCAGUCGCAGGACCCCGAGGAGGUCAUCCGCUGCGUCUGCGGCGCCACCGAGCAAGAUGAAGACUCGGGCGAGGCCUGGAUCUCGUGCGAGACGUGCUUCGUGUGGCAGCACAACGUCUGUGUGGGCGUGAGCUCGUAUGAGGACGAGAUUCCCGACCACUACUGGUGCGAAGAGUGCAAGCCCGAGAACCACAAGGAGCUGCUCGACUCCAUUGCCCGCGGCGAGAAGCUUUGGGAGGAGCGGCGAAAGGCGCACGAGGAGGAGGCCGAACGAAAGAAGAAGCGCGGCGGGCGCAAGAGAGGGAAGCGAGGUAGCGAUUUUCGAGACGAGCUUGAGAAAGACGCUGCCCAGGCCAAGGCUUCACCCACUCCUGAUGCCGUGUCGAGAGAGAAGAAGGACGUGACAGCCGUGGCCAAGCAGGGCAAACGGAAGGCGAGGGAGGACUCGCAAGAUGCAGACGGAAAGACCACCAAGAUGCGCCGCGUAUCGGAGGACGAGGCUGUGGCCUCUGCUUCUGCUUCUGCUUCCGCUUCCGUUUCCGUUUCUGCUUCGGCCUCUCCCCUGGUCAAGUACGCGCCGCCCGAAGACUUGACUGCAUCCAUCCAGGAUCUUCCCGGCACGCGAAUUGGUCCUGCCAAGGCGCUGAAGAAGUCGCUGGUUCACGUCAUCGGAUCCCUAGCCAAAAGCAACCACAUCCAGCUACCUGAAGAUGAAGGUGCGGAAUCCCUCGCCGACAAGUAUGCGCUUCAGAUUGAGCGCGCCGUCUUCGACACACACCCGCUCUCCAAAGGCCAGAAGGAGUACAGCCAGCAGAUAAAAUCGCUGUCGUUCAACCUCAAGAACAACCCCGAGCUGUUCCAGGGCCUUUGGGGGCACGAGCACUCGCCCAUGACGCUCGCCGUCAUGACAUCGGAGCAACUUGCCUCGGCUGAGCUGCAGAGGCAAACCGCCGAGAUGAAAGCGAGGGCAGAAAAGCAGUCUAUCUUGUACACUUCAGAGACCGGUCCUCGAGUGAGGCGCACGCACAAGGGCGAAGAAAUUGUCGAUGACGAGGGGUUGAUUAGCAGCGAAGCGCCCAUGCCAUCUGCUGGGGGCCCUCGCUCGGGAGGAGAGGAGAGACAGGAUCAGGAGCAGAGGCAGCAACAAUACCAACAGGGACAACAACCACAUCAACACGUUAAGCGCGAGUCGAUAGGAGGAAACGAGUUCGGCGACGCCGGUCUAAGCCAGCGCUCUCCCAGCCAGUCCAACUUUGACAUUGGCAAAGUCUUCUCCGCCGUCAAGUCCCCUACAGCUGCUCAUCGUCGCCGACCUUCUGCGCCGGUUUUGAACACACACGGCCCCGGAUUCGAUCCUGAUGUCGACCGAAUGCUGCAGGACGAGAACGAAUCGCCGCCUUACUCGCCCACAGAAGAAGCCACGGAUCCCGACGUCAUCUGGCGCGGCUCGCUGGCGAUGAGCUCCAUUGCCGAUUUCCAGGCCACGGCCAAGCACAUUGGAGGCGCCAACUUUGCCUCGUUUGGCCCCUGGACCAAGCUGAUCCCGCGACAGAUGACCGUGGCGGGCCGAAUCCCGCAGCAGAGCGCCAUCGAGUACCUGUGCAGCCUGCGAUACAGCAAUUUGACUGAUAUUAUCGUCGUCAACAUCACGCCUACAUCGCCGGAUGCAAAGCAGGAGUUCAACAACCUCAUCAACUACUUUGUUAGCAAGAACCGCUAUGGCGUUGUCGGCAAUAAGGUCGCCGGCAACGUUAGGGACACGUACCUGGUGCCAGUGCCUGCUGGCGAGGACGGCCAUCCCGAGUUUAUGCUUAACCUUGUGGACAACUACAUCCCCAAAUCCCGGACCGAGCCCCUGCUGCUGGCCGUCUUUGUCUACCGGAAUGAGCCGGACCAGCUGAAGCAGAUGCUUCACAAUGAAUCAUCCGUUGCGACUGGUGCGGCUGCGUCGUCGACAAGCCCGAGCCCGGUCACGGCUCAGCAACCUCCUCCUCCCGUCCCUGCACCGGCUGGAUACAGCCAGCGAAGCAACUCGACGUCUGGCCCGGCCUUUUCACCAGCGACGCCCCAAAUUGCAUCCUCUCCAUUCCCCAACGCUCCUCCAAACGGCCACGGACAAUCUGCCACGCCGGUCCCCAUCCCCCAGCUGCCGCAUCUCAACCGCCCUGCUCCUUCUGCUCACGCUCCGGUACCGUCGUCCACUUCGUCUCAGGCCACACCCCCUGGACAACACGCACAGGCACCAGAUGACCAGAGGAAACAGGCACAGCAAGAUGCCGGCGUCAUUACUGCGAGGGAAGUCCUGGGCCCCCUUAUUAGCGUGCCUACGGUGCAGUUCAUUCUCCCGCAGGCAUACCAGAUGACGCGACGGGAGUGGGAGGUGAUCAAGACUAUCAUUGAGCGAGACGUUCGUGCUAGAGACGACUUGAAGUACUUGGCGGAUCUCUUGGAGAAGGAAGGCACCGGAGGAAACGGAGGG